AUGGCGCAGGAGUUAAAGCUGUACGCUCGUCGACACCCCGAGGCAGAUUUUGUGGAGCUGAGAGAGGAGGCACUGUUGCGGGCCCUCACUGUCUCUCCUAACAGCGAGCGGCUUGUUUGGGGAAAGACCCGGAUGGGCCCUGACGGUACCGACUACCUCGCCUUGGUCGAAGCGCUGUCAGACACUGGAGAAGUUGGUGUGGCCAGAACCAUUGGAGUGGUAAGAAAUAGGAUGAUCCCAUUGCGUGUCUGUAACCCACAUCCUUACAGCUACAUCAUAGGCCGCUACCAGAAGCUUGGACGCAUUUACCGUAUCGAUUAUUCUGAUGUGCACGGCCCUGAAGACGUGAACCUGUCCUUGGGAUGA